AUGAAGCCUCCUCACGAGUCAGCUCUGUGGAGCCUCCUCACGAGUCAGCUCUGUGGAGCCUCCUCACUAACACGAGUCAGCUCUGUGGAACCUCCUCACGAGUCAGCUCUGUGGAGCCUCCUCACUAACACGAGUCAGCUCUGUGGAACCUCCUCACUAACACGAGUCAGCUCUGUGGAACCUCCUCACGAGUCAGCUCUGUGGAGCCUCCUCACUAACACGACUCUGUGGAACCUCCUCACGAGUCAGCUCUGUGGAGCCUCCUCACUAACACGAGUCAGCUCUGUGGAGCCUCCUCACGAGUCAGCUCUGUGGAACCUCCUCACGAGUCAGCUCUGUGGAGCCUCCUCACUAACACGACUCUGUGGAACCUCCUCACGAGUCAGCUCUGUGGAACCUCCUCACGAGUCAGCUCUGUGGAGCCUCCUCACUAACACGAGUCAGCUCUGUGGAGCCUCCUCACUAACACGAGUGGACGACCACAAAACGAUGACGUUCGGGCAGGCGUCUAUCCUGCUCGAUCGGCAGGAGUUUGACUGGCUCCUCCUCCUGGCCAUCGGCUCCUUUUGCAAGGAGGAGUGCAGCGGGGCCAAUUUUGUUUUUCAUAGCAGUUCUGGGGCCCAGCUGAAGCACGGCUCAGAAUUAAUUAACAGGGCCUGGUCAGCGGCCGGACUGAAAGGCACCAUCACGUUCAACAAGGUCCGGAGCAGCGUGGCCACACAGGCCAAUGACCACCUGACUGAAAAGGAGCGGCGGAGGGUGGCCAGGGCCCUGUGCCACGACCCUGCCACGGCCUCAAAAUUUUACGUUGCCCUCCCCAUCGGGGAGAGGCAAUACCAGGACAGGCUCCUGAGAAUGAAGGCCCUCUGUCUGGCCUCCAACACCAGGCCAGACAGGCAGACCAGGCCAGCCGUGUCGAGCAGCUCAGAGUCAGAGGGACCUGAGCCGACCGCUUCAGACCUGAGCCAGACCGCUUCAGCCCUGAGCCAGACCGCUUCAGCCCUGAGCCAGACCGCUUCAGCCCUUAGCCCCAAGCCUUGUUGGGGCUCAGGGCUGGGGUCCUUGGACGGGUCCCCCAAGGACCCGUCCAAUCCAGAGCAGGAGCCAGAGCCUGAGGUUGAUAUUUUGAGCCCGGAAUAUGAGCCUUUGACGCCGCCUCACCCUUCGACCGCCGACCGCCAGCCCUGGACCCCGGUAUGGGACUUAGACAGUCCCGUGCCUGCAUUGAGGAAGCGGCGGCGGAUGCUCUUCCCGGCAGACGAGGAGGACGAGGAGCCUCGCGCCCUUCCUCAGGACAUGCCGCCCAUAAAGGAAUGCAAAGUGGACGUGGACAGGCUGCCGAGUCGGGUUCUUCUCUAUUACGCCACAGUCAUUAGAAAGUACCCUGCUUAA